GCAGGCCCCGCCCGCUCGCCGACAAACGUUCCAGCGGGGGCGCGCGCGUGCACCCUAAUCCCCCGCCUUCCGGCUCCGGCAGCGACGCUCCCUCCUAGCUGCUGCCGCGACCAGUGUCAACCUCCCUCCAGAGACUCCAUUUGCUCUCGGGGCGGGCUGGCCGCAGCGCAGGCAGACGGAGAGCGAUGCCCCCCGCCCGUGGACUGGCGUUCCCUGGGCCGAGCUGCGGCUCGCUCGCCGGCUGGCUGCAGCGGUGACACCCGGUCGCCAGCGGCCACGGACGAACCCGGGCUCCCUCCGCGUGAGCAAAGACGUCCCGCGCUCCGGAGCUCGCCCUUCAGGGAGAGGCCCUCGCUUACACGACUUCACUCUGACCUCUUAAUUUCAGGAGGUUUCGGAGGCUCCGAGUACCUCUACAGCCCCCCCCCACAGGAACUGCAGUACUACUAUUGGCCCAUCGAGGAUCAUCCCCCGCCAGGAUUAUUGUAUAACAUCACCACAGCCGUCCACCCCAUACCCUCUACAAUGAGUCCUGAUUUCCACCAGUGAAGUUUUUUGAUGCUUUCUUGAAUCAUGUAACACCACCUAUUGUCUACCCUUUUCCCUUUCCAGUUGUUAAAUACAUUAGGUAUAAGUUUGUGUCUAUUAACGAGCAAAGUUUUCUGCCUAUCCACUUUCGCCUUAUUUGCACCGCACACUUCUCUCCAGCCUGCCUUACCUUGCUUGCUUAUGAUUUCCAUAACUACUCACUUCGCAUAACCUGUAAUAUCCCUUGUCUGGAAGAGGCAGCAUUCCAUACAAUGCGCUGCCUGAAAGGGAACAGUCAGGGAAUGGGUUUUCCCAUUAUAUUUUCCUAUAUGUCAAGUAUUCAAGUCCUCUCUUAAACUAUUUAUUCUCCAGCACAUUUCUCAAAAUAUUUCCAACUGAACCUUAGUCCUUUAGCAAAUAACUUCACCUGUAAUGGUGGCAUGAAGAAUUGAGUAUGCAAUAAGACUGUUUUUGAGACUUUGCUGGUACAGUAUUGGGUGCAGUUGCCACUGAAACUGUAGUUCAUGAAAAGACCUUAAACUAAAUGAGAAGGAAGAAAGAUAGAAAGGUUCAUUGGAGCUGGUCCUUGUUGAAGGAAUUUCUAAGUUUUAAAACAGCAAAGUGAGAGUCACAGAGGCCUUGCCUGGAAAUUGGCCAGCACACUAUCCAUCUAGACCCUAGGGGGCAGGAGGGAUUUUAAAACCCUGUUUUCUAAUCUCAUUGUGUUUAAGUUUAAGUUGUUAAAUAUCUUGUUCUAGUAAUUGCCUAAAAUAUUGGACAUUAUAAUGUUGGGGAAACGUAAGCGUGUGGUAUUGACAAUUAAGGACAAGCUUGACAUUAUUAAGAAACUUGAGGAGGGCAUAUCUUUCAAAAAACUUUCUGUGGUGUAUGGAAUUGGUGAAUCCACAGUUCGGGACAUUAAAAAGAACAAGGAAAGGAUAAUAAACUAUGCAAACAGUUCAGAUCCUACAAGUGGGGUAUCCAAACGUAAAUCUAUGAAGUCAUCAACAUAUGAGGAACUUGAUAGAGUUAUGAUAGAGUGGUUUAACCAACAGAAAACAGAUGGAAUUCCAGUGUCUGGAACAAUUUGUGCAAAGCAAGCCAAAUUCUUUUUUGAUGCUUUAGGGAUGGAAGGUGAUUUUAAUGCAUCAUCUGGCUGGCUAACUCGAUUUAAGCAGCGCCAUGGUAUUCCCAAGGCUGCUGGUAAAGGAACAAAAUUAAAAGGAGAUGAAACUGCUGCCAGUGAAUUUUGUGGUAACUUUCAGGAAUUUAUUGAAAGAGAGAAUCUGCAACCAGAGCAAAUUUAUGGUGCUGAUCAAACUGGAUUGUUCUGGAAAUGUUUACCACCCAGGACAUUAGUUCUUGAAACUGAGCAAAGUACUUCUGGUUAUAGGUCAAGCAGAGAGAGAAUCAUUAUUAUGUGUUGUGCAAAUGCCACAGGUUUGCACAAACUUAAUCUUUGUGUUGUGGGAAAGGCAAAAAAACCCCGUGCGUUCAAAGGAGCUGACCUUUCAAACCUUCCUGUCACUUAUUUCAGUCAAAAAAGUGCAUGGAUAGAACAUUCUGUUUUCAGACAGUGGUUUGAAAAAUACUUUGUGCCACAGGUACAGAAGCAUUUGAAAUCCAAGGGGCUUCUAGAAAAAGCAGUGCUUCUUUUGGAUUUUCCUCCAGCAUAUCCAAAUGAAGAAUCGUUGAGUUCAGAUGAUGGCAGAAUAAUUGUCAAAUAUCUGCCACCAAAUGUCACAAGUCUAAUUCAACCUAUGAGCCAGGGAAUUCUAGCCAUGGUAAAAAGAUACUACCGAGCAGGACUUCUCCAGAAAUACAUGGAUGAAGGAAUUGAUCCAAAAAUGUUUUGGAAGAACUUGACAGUGUUGGAUGCAAUUUAUGAAGUAUCAAGAGCUUGGAACAUGGUAAAAUCAAGUACCAUAACCAAAGCUUGGAAAAAACUUUUCCCUGGCAAUGAGGAGAAUUCAGGUAUGAACAUUGAUGAAGGAGCCAUUUUAGCAGCUAAUUUGGCAACAGUUUUACAGAAUACAGAAGACUGUGAACACGUUGAUAUUGAGAAUAUUGAUCAGUGGUUUGACUCUCAGAGUAAUAACUCAAGUUGUCAGGUGUUAACUGACAGUGAAGGUGCUGAGGACCAGUCCAAGCCUGCUGAGCAAAGACCUGCUAACAAGACUAGAAAAACAGAAGUGAAUCCAGAGAAGCACAUUAGCCAUAAAUCAGCACUUGAAUGGACUGAAAAUUUACUGGAUUAUCUAGAACAACAAGAUGACAUGCUUCUGUCUGAUAAACUGGUAUUACGGAGGCUGCGAACGAUAAUAAGAAGAAAACAGAAGAUCCAAAAUAACAAAAAUAAUUAAUAAUGCUCUUAAGGGUUUCAGUGUAUUUGAAUCUUUGUGACUAUCUGUAGCAGAGCUUAUCUUGCUUGAAGUGCUAUGAAUUUCAAGGCCAAAUAAAUUUUAUAAAUAAUUUUAGGACUAGAUGCCAUUUUGGAUUACUUAAAUUACUGCUCUUUAAUGUCAAUUCUAGUAAGUGAGCAUUGACAUGUAACUUGUCUGUCUUUGUUUCUAAUCUGUAUUAUGGUAAUUAGAUCAUAAGGUUCCUGAAGCCAGGGAUCUUGUGUCUGUUUUGUGCCUGAAUUUCAUUGUGUCUAACAAAGGACCAUGCACACUAUAGGCAAUCAAUAAAUCUAAAUUAAAUUGAUUUUUAUGACUUUCUAUGAGCUUCAGUUUCCAAGUUGAAAUAUGUUGGAAGUAACUUUCCAUUUCCAUGAUUUUCCAACCUGCUGAAAAUUUUAGAAGUCAGCCAAGGUUAUGCUGAAAGAAUUUCACUGUGAAAGCAGAGAACUAAAGGAAAACAGUAUAAAGCUUUAAAUACAACAUUCUAUACUAACAGUAUGUGGCACUCAGCAAUUCAGAUUGGUCAUCUCUGAGUAUAAUGAAGAAGAAAUGGGUUAAGAUAUCCCUAGGGCUUACAUUUCACUUUUAUUUUCUCUUCAUAGCAGAAAGAAUGCUAAGAAUUCCAAAAAAAAUAGAUUUCAAUUCCCAAGCCAUUAUGAUUAGAAGAGGUAAGGGAAGGUUAAUUUUUAUUAUCUGUUAUUUUGAUCUUUUAUUAGUAUAGAUGUCAACAUUUUUCUCUUGAAUAAGCUAUUUGAUAUUUAUGUAACACUUCUAAGCCUAUAAAGUAUGUCACUUUUCUCAGCCUAUUUUUUUCUGUGAGAAAUACUGAGAAUAUAAGCAUCAGGUACGUUGUGGAACCAUCUCAUGAACAAUGGGCUGACAUUAAAUAGAACAGAAAGGCAUUGUUGAACAGCCAUGUGACCAUGGGCUAGUUACUUAAUCUCUCUGUAAAAUAGGAAUACCUGUCCUGGAGAGGUUUUGUGAGGAGUAAAUUAGUUAAUAUAUGGAUUUUAAGUGACAUGGGUUUAGAUCAGGUCCUGACUCAGAAUUAAGUCCUCUUUGAGUGUUAGCUACUGCAGAGUUGUACAAAUUAGGAGUUUCAGAAGUGUGCUGAACUGAUCAAGAGUGUGACUCAACUGUGCUGUUGCUGCAUUAGGAAAACCAUUUAGAGAUGGACGUGAAAUCAAAGAGAUACAAGUAGUUAGUUUUUGUUGAAAUACAGUAAUAUUUAUUGCAGUGGAAAAUGAAAGGUUAAGUAUCAUUUCAUGACCACCUACUGCUAGGUACAGUGUGGUAUGCAGGUAUGUGUAAGACAUCUUAGGUUGAAUUAUAAAAAAUGGGAAUGGAAUUAUAAUUUCUUUGCUCCUGCUAAUAAAUAAAUAGAUAUUGGCUUUGUUCAUAAAAGAGAACCUAUGUUAUUAAUAUUGACACAAUUUAAGUAACAAAGUACCUUUAAAGUAGGUGAGGUAGCAGUAAGCAGAACACUUGAAAUAUUUUAUCAAACUAAACUAACACAUGAAUCAGUAGAAAAUCAAAGCAAAUGAAAUGUCACAGGAGACCCUGGUCAUAGUAAUUAGACCAAGCCAUAUAUAGGCAUACCUCAAAGAUAUUUUGGGUUUGGUUCCAGACCAGCACCAUAAAAUGAGUAUAACAAUAAAGUGAGUUGUAAUACAAUGUUUUUGCUGGUGGAGGGUUCUGCCUUCAGUUUGUAAAAAAUGCAAAAUCUGUGAAGCACAGUAAAAUGAAUCUCAAUAAAUGAGCUAUGCCUGUAUUUAAAUACUGCUUUGCUUUUCACAGAGCUUUUUGCAUUUUUUUCAAAAACUUCUUAAACUUACUUCAAUCAUGACAUUGGAAUGAUUUGAUGCAGUGUUUUAUCAUAAAUGUAGUAAACUAAUUCCAUAAUUGUAAUACAGUCCUUCCACAUCCAGGUAUUAUACUACAUGAAUUAUAUCUGUAGGAAGAUGAAUUGUGUGAUCUUAGGUUACCACAUGCUCCUUGUAUGUAUCCGAGUUUGAGAAGCUCAGAAAUACUGUGCUUUGACUUGACUGCAUGCACCUUAAAGAAGAUAUCCACAAGUUCUGGCAUUUGGUUACCAUUGAUAAAAGUGCAUUUUUUUUAGAGGAUUUGAAAACUAACAUCUCAGACCAAAUGGAAAGUGUUUGGCAACUAUAAAAAAAUUGUGUAAUGGUAUUUACUAUUUUAUAGUUCAAUCUCAGAGUAAUGCAGGGGUUGAGUGGGAAAUUUUGAGUGCUCAAUAAAGAAUGGAGUCGGCAGGACCAAGAUCAGUAACCUCAGUCAAUCUAAGUAGAAUAGUAAUAUCAUAAUGAUGCUCUUGUCCUGGGAGGUUCAUAGUGGGCUAAAAGGCAGAGCUGACAUGAAGCAGGAUGUAGUAACUUAGGUCACAGGCUCAGAGGCACUCUGCGUCCAGUGAUGUGGCUAGAGCCCUACACAGAGUACUACAAAUCAGAGCUAGGAUCUGACUCCAAAUUUAGCCCCCUGCAGGAUGGGCUCUGUCCACUUAUCACCUUAGUAUUUUCACAAAGUUGACCUUUCUCAUUCAAAUAUAUACUUCACUUCGUAAGCAAUAAUAUCUGCAACAUCACAGGUCUUAUGUGCCAAUUAUUUUUUUUUGUUCAAGUUAAAUAUUAAAUUUUUUUUUACAACUUGACUAUCUGUAACCUAAAAUCAUCUUGCAUACCUCAUUGCAUACCACUUUGAGAAAUAGCAAGCAGGAGUAGGUGGUUGAAGGCUACCAAGAUUACAAUACAAACACCAGCCUCUGCUUUCUCCCUGGAUAACUGGCAGCUUUUUGGGCUGCUCUGAGUCUCAGAAUCUUCAAAUGUGAAAGGGUGGCUGGUCAAAGUGACACAUUCCAAACAAACACCAAUCAUUAAGCCAACCCAAUGGCUAUUCAUUGAGAAUCCUUGGUCUCCAGACUUGGCCUGGGAAAUGAGUUACAACCCUUUCUUAGAAAAGCUCUGAUCAGAUCUCCAGGGGGCUUGGGCACCCCUGUUGAGGUCUAGGGCACGGCUUUAUCAAUGGGGAUGCUGUGUCUGCACACAGGAGAGAGCAGUUCUGAGUCCUCCUGCCCUGAGCACUGCCCCCACUAUGCCCUAAGACUACAGUGUGUGCUGUCAGUCAUCACAGGGGCCCAUCCAUUUAAAAAAAAGGUGGGGGGGGGAGCAGGUGGGGCCUGUUCUACCUGCAGUUUGGGAUAACUGGGCUCAAAGAGAAAUGGGUUCUUCCAGGAAGCUGAAGGCAUACUUGUGAAAUAAUGAGCUCAUAUCCCAAAAGUAGAAAUGCAAACUGCCUGUGUAGAAAUGCAGUGGGGAAAUGGAGGAGCAGACUUGCACCCAGUCACCAAGCAGCACCGGCAGUACUGGCAGCACUGUCCACAUCUAACUGAUGUGUCCUGGUUUGCCCAGCAAUGUCCUGGUUUCCAUUGCUUGUCCCAAAGUGUUAUAGUGUCCCUUUUACUCUCAGAUGUUCCAGUUUAGCAGAGCAAUUAAACGGUUUCCCUACCAGUGAUCCAGAGAAGGGAGUUGAUCUGCUCAAAUUCAUACAGUCAACAGGGGCCAAAAAUGGAGUAAAAAUUACUUCUCUCAGACUCAGAAAUGUGGCCCAGUGACCAAGGGCAUGAGCUUCCAUCAGAUAGUGAGCCUCUACGGGCUAGUCUGCAAUCUUGAUCCUAGAGCCUAACACAACACCUGCAUCCUCAACACAGGUGGGAGGUCCCUUAUUGAAAUUUUGUCUCUCCAAGAGCACAAUGAAUGUUCCCAGUUCGUGUGCUGAAUGUUGGCUAUGUGCCAGGCAUGGUGCUGGUUCUGCAAGUCAGUGUCUAAUUUGUGACCCUCCACGCCAGUCCUGUGAACUGUGGUACUUCACCCAUUUCAGAGGGAGCCUCCAAAGGGAACUGGCAGAGACAACAAGACAUUCUUGUCUGAGACAAGGCCAGAGAUCUCAGCCCUUGCAGGAGGCUGUAGUCAUUUUCUGCUCUCCCAUGGGCAUCUAAGCUGUAGGAAUCCAUGAGGCACUCAGCCAAGGCCUUCUUUAAAACCACUUUUAGCAACCAGCAAUGUUUUAGGUGUAACUCCAGAGAAUGCUUCCACCAGCGUUAUUCCCCAGGCAUCUGAAUAUCACCGUAAACCUAUCAGGCUCAGAAAAUCCUUGAAUGAAGCUCCAUGCAACUGAUAGGCACAGCCAUUAUGAAGGCGUCUUGUAGUUCCCUUUUGAU